CGAGCCAAUCGCCUGCCACGGGUUCAGAAGUCGCUUGUGGUCGGCUGUGUUUUGAUGUAGUUGGUAUAUAAGCGUUAAAGGACGUUUAGCUGGGCAAAACCCGUGGAAUUAAGGUGUUUGAGAAUACGCGUUUCUCUUCCUUGCGAUUUAACAGGCCGCAACAAGUACAAAUGUUCGUGUUUGGUUUGGCUAACCUUGGAUGCAACUGUCUUUAGCCGUGACCAGCUGGCAUGGCGUGAAUUCGGCAACCCCCAAGAAGCCAAUGUGGAGAAUGCGUCGAGCCAGCGAGAACGAUAUCUGAACACUGUCCGAUGGUUAUUAUUAGCGAUGAGCCUGUCGUCAUCCACAUUGCCCGCUUUUGUCGUCUGUUACUCGGGACCGUACAGAUAAAACCCCGCUGGGAACUGCAAAGCCACCGCGAGUUGGGCCGAGCCGAAAUGGACGCGCCUGUCCCAUGAACUCCGACAGACUAUUAUUAUUAUUUUUUUAGCAAGAACCAGCACCGGUCCCGCUCGCACCAGACCCUGGCUGUCUGUGUUUUCUAUGACACGCUCGGUUUAUGCCCAGCUCGAUUCGGUGGAAUUGUUUUUGGACGAGCUCCCAUAUAUGUUUUAUUUGGGCCUGUUUUUUGUGAACGUCCUCAUCCUCUACUAUGCCUUUCUGAUGGAGUACAUUGUCCUGAACGUGGGGAUAGUGUUCCUGCCCGAGGACAUGGACCAGGCGCUGGUGGACCUCGGGGUGCUGUCCGACCCGGCCUCCGUACCGUACGACACAGACCCGGAGCUGGAUGUAUUUGAGGGAUACCUGGAAUGACGGGUUGCGACCGAGGAAAACAAAGACAAUGGAGACCUGCCUCACGGUGGGUGCGAGUGCAGGCUGCCUCUCACAGAGACGGUUUAUUGAGAGAGAGAAAAGUUGUCUCGGCUCAGAGGACGGUAGCCUGAUGGAGAGUGGACUGAUGUCCGUCUCAUCACAAGCUCUGCGCUGGUGGUCCACACAGAAACGGAGAUCUGGUUGCGCUCCCUCUAAAGAGAGAGCGCUACUCUCUCUGUCCAAGUGGCAGAGUGUGGUUCUGACGACUUGCAUGAAGAUCCAGCAGCCUGGCAUGCGCUCCCCGGAGAAACUUUCCAGGCUAUUUGGGAUCCGGUUGUUAUUUAAACAAGCAGACUUCAAAACCAGCAAAAAAAAAAAAAAAAACCGAGUCUAUAUUUCAGUUUCACGAGCCACACAAUGAAACAUUUGAAGACGGCUCCAUCGUCCUCUUGUAGGCACUGUUAGCGUUCGAUCACUCAGAGACGGGAAUCCACUGAUGCUGCUGCUGGUUCACUCAGUCAGAAUGGGUCUCCUGAAGCUCUUCCCACCGCAUCCCAGCCUCAUCAGGGACACUCACUCUCUCAGGAGUAACUUUAGCGACUCUGUCAGGUGCGCUGGCGAGGCGUGAUGCCGUAGCUGGAGAUAUGCUGUGAAGCAUCGACACGGUCCACCGAAAAAACUUUUAAAGUCCUGCUUGUUACGCUCUUACUGCAAUCCAGAAAGGGAUGCUCUGUUUUUUUUUUUUUUUUUAUAUUAUUAUUAAAUAUGGUUUCUGUUCAGUCUUGAGUAGAUUUCGAUUUUCUCCGGAAACUCCUUUUUGGCUAAAUGUUUUUAAUAUUGUGGGUGAAAACCCGUAAAGGAAAAUUUUUAUUCUGUAAUCAACAUGUUUUUUUUUUUUUUUUUUUUUUUUAGGAUGACUCUGAGGAACGAUGCAUGAUGUUUGUGUCAUGAGUUGAUUUAGCUGAACUUUUUUUUUUUUUCCUGGUUCUUACUCCAUUUAAAUAAUCACCAGUCUAAAAUUCCUUCCAUAAAGUGUAUAUUCUCAACAGCAAUAACAAACUAGAGUAAAGCAACGGUCAGUUAGAUAUUAAUGCGACCGUUCGACUAACUUUGUGAAAAAGUCAAUGAAAAAGGAGAAGAAAAAAAAAAGUCAAUAACCAAAAACCUUGGUUAUUGAUGUUCUAUAAUUCAUGCUGCAGAUCACGCAGGGGCCCAGCUUUCAACAAAAUGUUCCCUUCACACUAAAAAUCAGCAUUCUUCUCCUGAUAACGUGGAUUUACCAUGAUGUACAGAAUGUCCACCACAUUUCAAACCCCACAGCUGAUGCAUAGAGGAGAAGCAGCCCUGCACAUGUGUUCACCUGCAUGUUCCACUCUGCAGCUUUAAUCCAGACUCUUUCUGCCAGCUAGCGUCCCGUCUGUCAUCCUGCAGACUGCUCAGACUGCCCUGAUUUGAAUUUGAUCAACCUUGCCCGGUCUGUUGUCACGCGGCAGCCUACACUUUUGGGGACCUGACCACUGCUGAAUUAAACUGUAGAUGUAAGCAAUUGCACCCAGAUGCAAGACUGUUUUUAUUUUAUUUUUUUCUGAGGCUUUGUUACAUUCAAACCAGUGUCGAUCAUUGUGAUCAGGUUCUGUGGCCAGUUUGGAUCCACGCAGCCAAAAAAAAAAAAAAAAGCAAUAUUUAAACAUGAAUCUCUGAUUUGUGCAGAAACCAAUGUGCCCGUGAGUAUUAUUAUUUUUUGACUGAAUACAUAAAUAAAAGCAUCUGAACCGUAGGUUUGAUCACUCAAAACUAGAGCUCAGGAAUUUACCUCAUCAGAACCUGUUUAAAAAAAAAAAAAAAAGGCCAAGAAUUUAAUUUAAUUUGACUUAACUCCCUAAAUAGAUGGUAUACCUUGGUCGUGUGGUUUGAUUCACACAUCCUUCACUCUGAAAUAAAACUGAUCAGCAAA